AUGGCUGAUCAAAUUUCUGGCGUUAACGAAGUCAUUGAUGAAAUGAUAAGAGAACAUGCUGUUACACACAACGACAGUAAUCACAAUGAAAACAAAGCUUCUCUUCAGCUCGAGAACUUCACAGAUUUAACAAAUCUGACAAAAGGGUAUAACGGCACAAAGAUCGCACCCACUCCGAAUGAUGAUACAUUAUGGAGCUCUAACUCUAGUCUGGAAGUGGACAGUCGGCGGAUUUUCAAAGGCAGUAGCACGGGCAUCGCUCGGUAUCCGUUUAUGGUGAGCGUGCACGUGGGGGGUCGCUUCGUCUGCGCCGGUUCGUUGCUGCAUGAGAGCCUGGCACUCAGUGCUGCUACUUGUCUUAUGCGAACUCGGGACGAUACCAAGCUCAUAGUACAAAUACGCGUCGGUAGUGAUUACGUCACUAAAAUGGGCUUUCUAGUAAAAAUAGACAGACUCUUCUUCCAUCCAGAGUUUGACCGCUCAACCCUGGCAAACAACUUGGUUAUUCUCAAAACUCGGAAAGCGUUGCGAUUCCAAAAUAAAAAAGUGGUGGCUGUAAAGUAUGACAGAUUUGAUCACCUCAGUUUGAUUAAGAAAGUUAAGGAUAUCAUGAUUUUGGGGUGGGGACGAAGGAGUCCGUCAGAAAAAAGCGCAAUAGACGAACGACCGUUAUCUCGUGCACGCCUAAACAUCUACGAUUUAGAAGAAUGCAAAUACAUUUACUCCAAGGAAUAUGUGUCAGACAUGAAUUUCUGCGCCGGAUUUGUUGAUCGUGGUGAAGGAGCCUGUAAUCACGAUGGCGGCGGGCCUGCGCUGGCGGGCAGCCUGCUAACUGGUGUCAUCAGCUUCGGUUCUCCGAAAUGCGGCCGCGUCGACGCGCCCACAGUCUUCACACGCAUCGGCCUUUACGCUGACUGGAUCGACAGAGUCGUGGAUAGCGUUGCGAUUGCCGAAGGUAAGCUAGCUAAUCUACACACAUUUCAAACUCCUAGUUCCAUCGACGUCGGAGUUCCAAGUGAAGAAAUUGAUAAGAUGGAAUUAGAACUACAAAAUCCUCGAGAGGAAUUACAAAGAGAAUUCGGUUUGAAAGAUAUUCUUAAUGGGCCUAUAGAUAAACUUACAAAUGGGACAGUUAAGCCCGCCACUAAAGAAAAUGAUCAUAUAGAAAUUCCAAAGCACGAUGCGAUCCGUUCUAAAAUUACUGACGAGCAGCACUCUGACGUAGACCAGAUCAAGUUUUCUGAUGAUUCUGAAGAACACUCAACUAUAGUACCAGAGCGACCGACACUGUUCGAGAAAAAUGAAAAAGUCGAAUAUGCACAUGAUGAAGGUGAUGCUUUUGCCAACUAUAUUAAGAGCAUUUUUGAAAACGGUAAUAUUAUCGAAACUAAAAACCCAGUAAUCAUGAAUUCAGAAGAGUAUGAACAGAUUGCCAUUCUGGAUUUUAACCCAGAUCCCACUAUUACGACUCCAGCUCGACCUGAAUAUUAUAAUGAAGAAGAGUCAACGACACAACGUUUUGACGUCCCUCGUGAGCGACCUCGACAAGGGGACGAUCUAGGGAGUGCUCCCCGGUACUGGUUUUCUAGACAACCAGUACCGGACCCGGAAAUACCCGGUUAUCGCCGGUUCGGUGUUGGAGCGUCCUAUCUGACAGGAGCUACGCCUCGAUUCUUAAGGUCGUUGACUUGUAAGGGAUGGUGGUCCGACGUUGUGUUCACUAGGACCGCCAGUAAAUUGCAAGCUUACCACAGCUGCGAGAAAGCUCUCCUCAUCACGCCGUCACAUACACUCCUGUCGUCAGCGCUGCAGGUGCGGCCCGUUAACGAUUACUCUCCACUUGAAGGGCCUCACUUCGUACAUUGUCUACCAUUAUUAACGGACUACAGGUAUAAGGGGCUUGGCGAACGAGUUCGUCUUUGUAAGACGGAACUUAAGCUGGAGAGCGCGGGCAAGCAGAGAGAUAAUUAUGUGAACACUGCAAACCUUUUCAAUGCCUUCAACCUCGGUUUUGAGCGGAGCACACGGGACCUUGUCUGCCGUCGCCUUGGUGACGGAGGAAUCCUUAACCGAAAGCAAGAGUUUAGCGGUCUGCUCGUGCUGUUGUACCAUAGCUAUAAGCGCCUGCGUACCUCAAUGGGGCCAUGUGGACAAGGAAAACUGGUACCGUGGUACACGUGGCGCCGGACGGCAGCGGCGUGGCGCCCGGCCGGCGUCGGCUUGGCGGGCUGCAUCGACACGGCCGCUGGCGAUAUCAUUGGGAACGGCAACAGGUAA